UUUCAUAAAGUGCCAAUAAGAAACGGUCAAAUACAUUUAUAUAUAUUUAAUCUAACUUGCCAGGGGUGCCGAACGAGUUUCGUAUCGCUGUCCUGACUCCUGCCACAGACUCGCACUUUAAUCGCACUCGCUCUUCUCUCCACGUUAGCGUGCCUUUGCUAACGUGAUUACGUCACGUCUCACGCAACCUGCAGCAAGCGGGUCUGGUGGUUGUGUUUGUGUCUGGCAAACGGAGCCUUCAGCGGUGGAGGGUACUGGUUCCCCUUACGGUGCUGGCUCAAAAAUAAAGACCGGAAAAGGGCGACGGAUCCUGCGCAACCGGACGGGAGAUGGACAACAGUAAACGGACUGUGGUCGUUACAGGUUUUGGGCCAUUUGGUGAGCACAGAGUCAACGCCAGCUGGGUAGCAGUACAGGAACUGAAGAAGCUUGGACUGGGUGGUGAGGUGGACUUGCAUGUAUCCGAGGUUCCUGUGGAGUACCAGACAGUCCAGAGUUUGGUUCCUACAUUAUUGAAGAAGUAUCAUCCAUUGUUGGUAGUUCAUGUUGGAGUCUCAGGUAUGGCCACCACCGUCACAUUGGAGAAGUGUGGCAGAAACCAUGGCUACAAGGGCCUCGACAACAGCAGCUUCUGUCCUGAUUCACAGUGUUGCAUUGUGGGAGGCCCGGACUGUAUCAACUCAGUUAUUGACAUGGAAUCAGUCUGUAAGAGAGUGACCGCCUCGGGACUGGGAGUAGCUGUGUCCGUGUCCAAAGAUGCUGGAAGGUAUUUAUGUGAUUUCACCUACUACACGUCUCUGUACCUGAGCCGUGGUCGCUCUGCCUUUGUUCAUGUGCCUCCUCUUGGAAAGCCUUAUAGUGGGGAAGACCUGGGCCGUGCGCUGCAGGCCAUCAUCCAAAAGAUGCUGGAGCUUCUGGACCAGGCUGAAGAGAAAAUCCACUGCCAGCAGCACUUCCACUAAGUGACCUCCGGACGCCAACCAGCCUCUCCAGCCCUCAACACACAAGAGAAAUUGCACUUAACCACAAGUAGCUAAACUUUCUUUCUUAUUUUAUUGUUGUCCACACUUAGACAACAAUAAAAUGAAAACUACAACAUGAAAACUUCA